UGCCCAGCUUCUUGCUGCCAUCUUCCCCUGACUUCAUGGUUAUCUCCCUGCAAAAACUAAAGGAAACCAGGGUGGUUGCUUAUCUGCUCAUCCUUUGAGGUCCUCAGUUCUGGCUUAAGGAUUCCCUGAUCUGCACAGCAUCUUUUGGGUUAAUCAAAAGCAUGCAAGACAAUAAUUUGGAAGCCUCUACAUCAAUAUCCCAGCUCCUCAGAGAGAGCUAUUUGAAGGAAUCCAAGAUCCUCCAGAGACACAGUGAGGUGAGCCAAUCAGAAGCCACUUCACAUGAGCCAUACUCUGGACCUAUUACAGGAAAGUCAGAGGAGCAAGUUGGGCAUGAAGAAUUCCAAGACCUGUCAGCAUUUUUAAGCCAAGAAGAACUGGACAAAAGCGUAAAUCUUGCCAGGCAAGCCAUUACCCACAGCCCAACAGAAGAAAAAAAAGAGGGGCAGGCACUUGGAAACUGUCCAACUACCGAAGUAAGUAACCCAUACAAAGCACCUCCAAACAAACAGCUCCCGUCCUCUACAGCCUUGACCCCUGAAAGACAACCCUUCCAGAGCCUCCGUCAUGACAAUGUUAUUAAAAACACCAAAGGUUCCAGGAAAUCUUCUCAGGGUCCUAGAAAACAAGUAAUAAAUAGUCCAUAUGGAACAGAGUGCCAUAAUAAGAAGGAAUUUCUAAAUAAGGCUGCUGACUUUAUAGAUGAGUUGUCAUCCCUCUUUAAGGCUAAUAGGUCAAAGAGAAUUAGGCCAAAGGCAUGCAAAGGCCACAGAAGCAGAUACCAAGUGAACAGUCAACUGGAAAGCUCUGUUUAUCCAUAUACCAUAAAUGACCGGGAAAGGCCUGCUGUCGCCAUUGAUGACCAACUGGAUAUUGGAGAGGAAACUCACUCAGAGGAACCAGAAAUAUUUCAAAAGGACAACCAAGAAGAAGAACAAGAAGAACAGCAAGAAGAAUCUACAGAAACAGGAGCCACGGAUAGUUCCUCACAAGAACUCUCAUCCGAAUCCUUUCCCUCUGAAGAGCUAAUUGGGGAACCGCCGCGAUUCACUCAGAAGCUAAAGAGCAGAGAAGUUCCAGAAGGGAGCAAGGUUCAGCUGGAUUGUAUUGUGACUGGGAUUCCCACCCCUGAAGUCAGGUGGUUCUGUGAAGGCAAGGAGCUUGAGAACAGCCCAGAUAUUCAGAUCCUCAAUAACGGGGAGCUGCACUCUUUGAUCAUCGCUGAGGCCUUUGAGGAGGACACCGGACGCUACUCCUGCUUCGCCUCCAACUUCUACGGAACAGACUCCAACUCUGCAGAGAUCUACAUAGAAGGUGCCACAUCAUCAGAAUCUGAGGGUGAACCAAACUUUGACAACAUUGCAAAGAACCAGGAGAACACCUCUGUGUCUUUGACAGUUUCAUCCCCACCACUCAGCGCUGAAGUCAUCCAUCAAGACGUCAGCCCAGUCUGUAGUACCCCAGUUCAAUCUUUAAGUCAACUGCCAACACAACAGAGUCAAAGCCCACCAAGUAGUUAUCAUCAGGGGUUGGAUGGGAGACCAAUCAUGGCUGCUCCAGUUUUUACAAAGAUGCUCCAGGAUUUGACAGCAUUUGAAGGACAACUGGUUGUGCUUGAAUGCAGAGUAAAAGGAACUCCCUCUCCCAAAUUAGACUGGUACAGAGAAGGGUCCUUAAUAGAAGACUCUCCAGAUUUUAGGAUUUUACAAAAGAAACCAAGGUCUAUGGCUGAACCAGAAGAAAUUUGCACCUUGGUUAUCGCUGAAGCCUUUCCUGAAGACUCUGGAACAUUCACGUGUACAGCAAGCAACAAAUACGCCACAGUGUCCAGCAUUGCCUAUUUAAAAGUGAAAGGCAACCAAAACAGAAAUAACAAUCACUUGAAUGCCAUUGGCAAUAUAGCUCUGGAACCCCCUGAACCCAAAACCCAGGCCCCUCUCCCUGAAGUAACUCCUCCAGAACCCUGCUUGAAACCCAAACUGGAGGGAGUGCUGGUCAACCACAAAGAGCCCCGCCCCAGUUCCAAGCUGGGAUUGCGUGUGCACUUUAAGCUGCCCGAUGAUAAGAAAAGGGACACAUCAUCCGAGGAAAAUGACGUCAUACUUCGUCAUAGUUUGGGCAACGAGAACCACAGUUAUGUUGCCUCUAAUGCUGCCGGCACUAUAACAGUGGAGUCCUCUCUUCUCAAAGCUCCUGAUUAUCUUCCGGAAGCAACUCCAUCAGACCCACCAGGCUGCCUAAAGCCCAAACUGGAAGGGGUCUUGGUUAACCACAAUGAACCACGCUCCAGCUCCAAGGCAGGGCUGCGGGUGCACUUUAAGUUACCAGAAGAUGACAAGGAAGUGGCUUUACCUGAGGAAGGUGUUCUCUUUGCCAAGCAGCAGAAGGCAGGUUCUCCAUUUGACUUGGUCAAUGGGCAGUCAGCAGGGGCAGCAGUGCCAGCAUUACCAGUCAAAGAGCCCCCACCAGUGCUGGCAAAGCCCAAACUAAAAAAUGGGAUCCUACUUUACGCUGGUGCCAAUCAAAUGAAAACAGGGCACUGUGAUUGGGAACGGAGUGAAACUCCUACUAAAGCUAAUGGAAGUGACCUCGUCCAGCUCCAGGUUCUUCACAACCAGGUUCUUGUUGAGCAACAGCAACAGGGACUCCCCACUCACAAGACUGAGCCUACAUCACAGUCCAUUCCGUCCACAACUGAGCAUCCACACAUCAUGAACAUCCUUAACUCAGGCCAUCCCCCCUUCCAGCAGACCCCAGUAUCACCCCCUACCAACAACAGCCUCCCUCAGACCUUCAACUAUGCCAGGCCCAAGCAGUUCAUCGCUACCCAGAACCUCUCGCCCACCGAAUCCCCUGUGCCCAUGCUAAAUGCAAUGGCCCAGGCGUCCCAUAGAUCACUGAGUGAAGAUAAUUAUACAGGAUCCCCAAUAACACCAACAUACCCUGGGCAGCCGUUUCAAACCAGGGUCUUGCAGUCACCCACAAGCCCCACUAGAUUUGUUAGCUCUCCCCCUCCCCCUACCUCCCUUUUCUCAGCUUUUUCUGUCCGGCCCCAGUCUCCCGCUGCCUCCCCCACUCCCAGCAGCUCAACAUCAAGCCCCAUCCAGAACCCAGUGGCUUUCCUCAGCUCUGUGCUUCCAUCACUUCCAGCGUCUCAACCAACCAACGCAAUGGGGCUACCCAAGAGAGCCCCCUCUGUAAAUCCCCAAGGAAUAAUGAAAAGGAAUCCGAGGUCUCCUCGCUCAGUAUCAGAUGAUGAGAUCCGUGACACUAAAGACACCAUCCUACAGGACUUGGAGAAGAAGCUACGCUUUAAAGAAGACAACUGGCACAAUGGACAGAGAUUGACAUAUGAGGACAAAAUGGCUCGCAGACUUCUUGGUCCACAAAGCCAUGCUGCCCCAGUCUUCAAUUUUGAUGUUGUGGAGGAGUGUUCACGGUCCCAGGACAUUAAGCAUAUGAUAGAAUCAGCCCGCAACUCACUUGGUAAACAGCAGGAGUACAAGGUGUCCAGCUUUGAACAAAGACUGAUGAGUGAGAUUGAGUUCCGCCUGGAACGCACCCCAGUGGAUGAAUCUGAUGACGAGAUUGAACACGACGCUAUCCCCACGGGCAAGUGCAUAGCGCCCAUCUUUGAGAAGAAGCUGAAACACUUCCGCGUGCUGGAGGGGACUCCAGUUUCAUUUGCCUGUAAAGUGGUCGGGAUACCUGUACCAAAGGUUUACUGGUUUAAGGACGGCAAACAGAUAUCAAAGAAAAACACACACUAUAAGAUGAAAAGAGAAGGGGAUGGAACCUGUUUUCUGCACAUUGAGGCUACAACUAAUGACGAUGAUGGCAACUACACUAUCAUGACAGCAAACCCACAGGGGAGAGUUAGCUGUACUGGUCACUUGAUUGUCCAGACUGGUCCGAUGCGUAGUCGGUUAAUGCCGACUGUUCACUCUCAGAGGCCGCGCUCCCGCAUGCAGGAAGUGGAUGAAGGAGAUCCCACACAGGAGCGCUUCUUUCGGCCACACUUCCUCCAGGCUCCAGGAGACUUGGUGGCUCAUGAAGGACGGCUCUGCAGACUGGACUGCAAGGUGAGCGGGUUACCAACUCCAGAUCUCUUGUGGCUUGUGAACGGAAAACCAGUCCUUCCAGACAACACUCACAAAAUGCUGGUGAGGGAAAACGGGGUUCACUCUCUCCUCAUCGACCCACUCAUGCAAAGUGACGCUGGGACUUACACGUGCAUCGCAACCAACAAAGCAGGGCAGAACUCCUUUUGCCUGGAUUUAACCGUAGUGGCCAAGGAGGUGAAAAAGGCUCCAGUGUUUCUCGAGAAGCUUCAGAACACAGGGAUACCUGAAGGAACGCCAGUUAGGUUAGAGUGCAGGGUUGUUGGGAUGCCCCCUCCCAAGAUCUUCUGGAAGAAAGAUAAUGAUACUAUUUCUAGUGUCAAGGAAAGAAUGAGCAUGCACCAGGAUGCAACAGGAUAUGUUUGUCUGCUGAUUCAGCCAACCAGGAAAGAGGAUGCUGGUUGGUACACUGUAUCAGCUAAAAAUGAAGCAGGGAUAGUAUCAUGCACAGCCAGGCUAGACAUAUAUGCCCAGUGGCAUCAACAGAUCCCCCAACCAAUGAAGAAAGUGCGGUCACCGAGUAGUCGCUAUGCUGCCCUCACCGGACAAGGACUGGACAUCUUGUCGGCCUUCCCUUCAGUGGACAGCUGCUCUUCGCUGUUCUCACCUUCCCAGGAGGCAAAAGUGGAGAGUGAGGAUCUGUGAAAAGGCCUGUCAGAUUUAUUCAUGUAGGAGAGUCGUUUUGGAACUGUAAAACACAACAAAGAUGAAUGCCCAAGAGACACAUGGUUUACAAACAGCCUGUUAGUAGUAGUAGUAGUAGUAGUAUGCUGAUAUCUGCUGUGACCAUUGUAGGAAAUCUAUAGUAAAAAUUGUGAGCACAGUUUUCUAGCCUUAUGACAUGUACUACUCUCAACGCAAAACAGUGUAGUGGCUUCAUUUAUAAUGCACAGACUUGGCAGUUUUCUUCUAAAAAAUAAGUUCUGUUGUAAGAAGGAAGAUUUAUAUCAUAAAAUAAUAGAGUCCACUUGAACCAUAUGGCUUUUGCUUGUCAUAUGUCACAAUAUUCUAUUGUGCAUUUUAGUUGUUUUGGUACUGUUUUAUAGCAACCUGGUUAUAAAACAAAUACACUGUUUGAAAUGAAUUUGCCUCACAAAAAUGGUCUAAGACUGCAAUUCCUAUCAACAAUAUACAAAAGAGGCACAUUUUUUUUUUUUUUUUUUUUUUUUAAACAAUUUAUAAAGCAGUGUAGUAGGUGUCUUAUUUUAGGGAAGGACAUAUUGCAGUAUGCUUUUGUUUUGCGUAUGAUAUAGCUGACUUGUCUGUCAAAUACAUUUUGUUAUAUAUUAUCAAUAAAGGAUUUUCUGGUAGUCUGGUUAACGUUGGGUUGUUACCUGUGUUUGUAGGUAUGUUUGAAUGUGGUUGGUUGUUAAGUUAGGAUGACUUUUUAAAUAGGUUGGUUUCAGUGAUUGGGGUCAGUCAUUUUUCAUUUUGUAUUUGAUUUUGUUUAUCAAUGACUUUGUAAGUUCAGGUGGUGGCGCUGAUGUUUUUGGAAGUGAUGAGAACCAUGGGGUGCAUUAUAGGCUGUUAAAUGUGGCCCAGGGGGUAUUCUUAAAUGUGUUUAAAUGCUCACUUAUACGCAUAGUAACUGAAUAAUCAUUAUUUUUUGCUACAGUAAGGUUUAAAUUUAAACAAAAAGGGAAGGCUUGAUGUAAAUACAUUUUAUUUUCAUUUGUUAAAAGAUAUUUAGAGAUACUUUUCCUGAAAACUUGAUUCUACCUAAAAAACCAAAGUGGCUUAUUGAUUUUUGAAUGUUCCAAUAUUUGACCUGCUGUCAUUUUGACCUCUUAGAAUUUUGAUUGGGUAAUAAGUUUUAAGAUUGUGAGAACAGUAGAAUACAUACUCAUGUGCAAAUAACAAAUUGGCCUCUAUCUGUGUACUCACAUAUUCUGCCAUUUUUGAGGUAUUGGAUAUCUUUUGAAGUGGAGGUGAAUAAUAUUGCUUUGAUUCCCAAUGUUGGUGAUUAUGAAACUGUAGAAAUUAUUGAACUAUUGAAAUUACUGAAUUUAUGCCUUAGAAAUGGAUACAAUAUUUAAAGCCCUUGGAGAUUAAAACCAGUCUAGACAACAAGUGUAUACAGUUUUAAUGAUGAUUACUAUAUUAAGGUACACUCUAAUUAUUAUCUUAUGAAAAUAAUAAAUUUUGCAUAAAAUAUAAGAUGAUCAAGGUGUUUGUUACAACAGUGACCAUUUUUUUGGAAGUGCUUUUUGGAGUUUACAGUGCCUAGUUGCUAUGUAUACAUGUGCUUUGGUAUACAAUAGGGUGAAUGUUUGACUUGGAAGCAAAUGUUUGUUAUGUAAAAUUGCACCAGUCGUAAGAAAAUGAUGGACUGUUUUAUUUUUCUGUGAAUAAAGUUAUAUUUAUUCCAACAAA